AUGCCUCAGCCGUCGUCCUCGUCCUCGCCGUCGCCUCCAAGACAGCGGCUGUCGGCGGGCGGCGCGAAGGAGGGAGGCCGGGGCGCCCAGUCGUCCGGCGCGGAGUCCGCGAUGGAGGCGAGGCCGCCCAAGGACGCCACCGGAGACCAAAGGCGACCAGAAGCGCCAAGGCCAGCUCCCGCCCCAGAGCCGAGCGCACCUGAGCCGAGCGUGCCGACCGAGCCAGAGCCGCAGGCGCCGCCGAGCCUUGAGCCGAGGGCAGCGACCGCGCCUGAGCCGCCGGCGCCAGCCGAGCCCACCCCUAGUACUUCGAGGGUGGGGCGAAUGGGCGCGGUGAGGGUGGCACCGUCAAGGCAGCAGUCGGGGACCCUGAGCGCCUUUGCAGAGAGGGCUCGCAGGGGACCCAGCUCCCGGCCGCCGUCCAACCAGGCCACGGAACCCCUCCAGGACGUGCUAGGAAGCGCCCAGGAGGCGAUCGAGCGGUUGAAGGAGGGCGUGGCAGGGGAACGAGCACAGCUCGAGGCCGAGCGGGCCGCCCUCAUAGAGGAGAGGGGGUGGCUGGAGGAGGUCGACCGUCUUUUGGAGGCCCGCAUCAUCUCGGCACGCGCCGCCCAUGAGAGGGAGAGGUGUGCGAUGGCUGAGGAGCGGGAGACCCUGGAUGAAGUGCGUGAGGAGGCCAUCGCCGCGCAAGAGGAAGCCACCCACUUGGGUGAGAUAUCACAGCGGCGGGCCGCAGAGCUGCUCGCCAGGGAGCGGCUGGUGCGAGCUCGGGAGGAUGCCAUCCUGCCACGCGAGAAGGCGGAACGACGAGCUUGA